UUUAAUUUCACUUUUAUUCAAUUUGUUUUCUGGAAAUUAGCUUUCCGUGCAGUUAAAUACAUUACUUCAAAUGCUGGAUGAAAUAUUUUCUCGGACUCCAUUGUCCAAAAAAAACGUACAUUGGUUGGGUUCCGUGCCUGCGAGCGCCCGGAGAUCCUUUUCAGCAUGGCAGUUCCAGGGAAUUGAUUCUUUGGGAUUUGCGAACUCCGUCCGUCCACCACGUUCAAAGAAGCUCAUGAUGCGCAGCGGCAUGGCGUCCACCAGGGCUGGUCGUUUUCGAGAUACAUAUGCAUGCGAGCAUGACAUGUGGACGUGUAUGCAAGUAUGUAUAUGUAUUCCUCCUAGCGCCUUGGCAUGUCGGAUUCGCGUGGAGGAAAAGGUGUGUAUGUAAUCUAUGCGUCACGGCACUGUAUUGUGCUGGAAUAGUGCAUUAACAGAGAUACAACAUCCGGAGUACAUAGACGGAGCAAAACCGUUUCCCUUCCCCGUACGGGAGUAUACGGAGUGCGCCGGAAGGGGAGGAAGCGAGAACGAAACAAGGCAGCAGGCAGGCUGACGAUGCUGUGUUGGUCUUCUUCUUCUUCUUUGGGCUACUGGAGCACGUUUACGUGGCGGACACCCGAUGAUUCGUCACAAAAACGAGCCAAAAAUCCUUUCUAGUUAUGUUACAUAUUCCAUCCGAAAAGUUGGCGGAGUUUGUGUUGGAGGUAGAAGUAUGUACGUAUAAACUCACACACCCAUGGCACAGGGGCAUUGUGUAAAAUUCCCCUUGGCAACGCUGUGCGGGGGGAACACUUCUCCCGAGAUCUGAUAUAUAUUUU